AUGCCUUGUAAUAGAUUUUGCGAAAUACAUAAGUUUCUGCAUUUUGCUGAUAAUGAAGCUUUUGAUUGUAACACACAUACAAAUCCCAAGUUGCAUAAAAUCUGGCCAGUGUUACAACCCCUGAAUGAAUUGUUUCAAAGAGCCGUAACUCCUGGACGUGAUAUUGUAAGUGAUGAAACCCUCAUGCUUUUCAAAGGUCGUUUAGGAUGGCGACAAUAUAUGCUGAAAAAGAGAUCCCAUUUUGAAGUAAAAUCGUAUUUAUUAUGUGAAUCAAGUUUAGGGUAUAUAUGGUCACAAAUUAUAUAUACUGGAAAAGGCACGGUUUUUGAAGCAAAAUAUAUAUAUCUGUCUCAAUCAAUUCAAGUUGUGAUGUCACUUACCAAACCUCUGCUAAAACAAGGAUAUUGUCUGAUAACAGACAAUUUUUAUACCUCACCAGAAUUGGCAUACAUACUCUUAUGGAACUGUAAAACUAAACCAAAAAGAAAUGCCUCAAGAAUUAAAAAAAGAGAAUCGCAAAAGGUGAAAAUGUUGCUUUUCGUCGAGAUAAAAGUUCUUGCCAUGAAGUGGAAAGAUGAGAAAGAUGUUACCAUGCUAUCUACAGUUCACACAAAUCACAUGGUAGAUGUACAGUGUCAUAACAAAGUUGUCAAAAAACCUAAUUGUCAGAGAUUACAAUAA